GCCCAUCACACUAUCUGACAGCCUGACUCAUCACCUUUAACCAAACACAGAGCAUCUACCCUAUGCCAGGGGCCAUGGCCCUCAAAUUACUUGCAGUCUCCCAGAGGAGACAUCCACAUAAACAGUUACUGGCAGUGUUAUGCAAUAAUGGGUAUGUUUAGGCUUACAGGCUGCCUCCUGAGGAGGAGGUGAUCACCCAGAGGAGGUGAUCACCUGGGUGAUCUGAGUAGGAGCCAGAGGAGGUCAGGGAGAACUUCACAAGAUGAAGGAUGUUUGAACUGGGUUUUGAAGGCUGAGUAGGAGUUCUCCGGGAAUAGGGAAAGACAUUUAAGGCAGAGAGAAUAUCCACAUACAACUCUAGAGGCAAGAAAUAGUAUGGCCAUAUUCAGAGAAAUAGAAGUUGAUAUGGGGUUUUGUAUGGGGAAUGGCAGGAAAUGAGGCUAGAGAGGUAAGCAGGAGUCAGAUGAAGCAGAAUCUUUUGUGCUUUGCAGAAUGUUCAGGCCUUAACUCCUAUAUGAGACUUUGGAAAAUUUACAUAGAGGGAAGUCAUGCUCAGAAUUGCACUUUAGGAGGCCAUGAAAAAAAUGCCUGAGUAGGAGGUGAAAUGGAGUCAGUUCACCUAUUAUAAUAAUCAAGAUGAGAAAAAGUAAAAGCCUGAACUCAAGCAGGAACAGCAGGAAGGAGAAGACAGGGCAUAACCGAAGAGACUUAAGAGAUGGGGUAAUAAGAUUCAGUGAACUAUUGGCUGUGAAAGAUGACAAAUGAUAACUCCCAGACCCUCGGGGUUUGGACACCAGGUUCUGAUGGCUAACUAGGGUUUCCGCGACCAGGCCAGUUUGCUCAGCCUACGCCCCAAUUUGGUAGGAGGGAGGAGCGCCUAUCCCCACUGCUAUUCAAAUGCUCUGGGUCCUAGACGAACACUCCCUCCGUUUAUUUUUAUUUUCAUUCUGUGCUCAUGUUUAACCAUUUCAAGAGAAGAGAAGAAGGGCAAAUUGUGAUUGAUGCCAUGAGGCAGUAUUUGGCAAGUAGUUGCCAUUGUGUUGGAAGCGUUGAUCCGGGGAUGGCAGUGAGUCUGGGAAAGAAGGGUGCAACUCUAAGAGUUUAAACUGUGUGGCAAAAUAAGCACCUUCUGGCUCUGUUAGAAUUGUGCUGUAUGGUCUGACAACAUGUAUUUUAUGGGAAAUAUGAGAUUCCUGCUCUUUGUUUUUUAAGGGGAGAACUGGGAGAGGCAAUACUGGCAUUAUUCAUCUUGAUAGCCUGGGCUAAGCUGCAAGAACAAACCCCCAAGCCUCAGACUGAACAUGACAAAAUUUUACUUUUUGUUUACAUGAAGUUCUUUGGAGGUUGGUCAGCUAGAUCAUCCAGAACAUAUGGGAGGGAGAGAUACGUUUUUCAAGAUAGGGUCUGGAAGUGGCUUACUCACUUCUGCCCGUAUCUGCCAGAUUUAGUCACAUGAUUCCAAGGAAGGUCAAGAAGGAUCAUCUUCCUGUGUGCCUUGGAAGAGGAAAUAAAAGUGGCAGAUAAAUAGUUAUAUCUCUGUCAUACCAUGACUUCAAUGAUCCUGAACACCAGGCUCUAGAAUGGUUCAGUCAUCUGUGAAUUUAUCUUGAGAACAGUUAAGUAUUAGCUCAGACUGAGAAAGUAAAACUCCGCCCUGCUGUUCAUCACAGAUAGAGACACAGAUAAAAGCAGCUGCAAAGUUAACAAGAAACAAUAUUUCUCCCAAGCAUAUCUGUGUCAUAACAGUGACUACUUUCUUUUUUUUUUUAAUUCACUGAAAAGCUUUGUUCUCUAAAAUCGUAGACUGUCAGAAAGUUUGCUGUUUGAAAUGAUAUCUGUGAGAAUGAAGACCUACAGUCUUGCUUGGAGAAUCCAAAUCACUGGCAGAGAAGCAGCCUUGAUUUCCAGCCAGGUAUAGAACCUCAGAGCAGGGGUUUUUGAAUAUAGCAUUCCCCACUUAGCUUUGUAGUUUCCACAGAAACUAAACUCUGUCUGCUUUGCAGUCCAGAACUGAUGUUCACCCACUUUUCAUACAGCUCUGUGUUCCUUUGAACCUAUCAAACUCUAUUUCAUUGAAAUUUCGCCUAACCUCCACCUUUGUCCAUACUAUAUGUAUACUAGUACAUAUACUAUAUUAUAAUUAUCUUUUCCUUUGUUUGGUGAGACACCCCACCAUCCCUAUGGUGUGCAGUUUUCCUUGUUGCAGUGAGUCUAUAGUCUGACUUUGUUGAACUACAGAUUUGCCUUGGUAGACUUAGGCUGAUUGGACAAGGGCAACCUCAAACUUCACUUUGGCCUUUAGGCUUAUUUGCAAUUAUAAAUUCUCUUAAUUUGCUUUUUGCUAUUCAAAGUAACAUUUAUAUUAAACUAUAUUUUUAAAUUACAAAAAGUAAUACUAUCUAUGAAUAGUAUUUUCAUAAGCACAUGAAAAGAUGUUUGACAUCAUUCGUCAUUAGGGAAAUACAAAUCAAAACCACAAUGAGAAACCACUUCAUGGGGCACCUGGGUGGCUCAGUGGGUUAAGCGUCCUACUUCAGCUCAGGUCAUGAUCUCAGAGCUCGUGAGUUCGAGCCCCGCAUCAGGCUCUGUGCUGACAGCUCAGAGCCUGGAGCCUGCUUCGGAUGCUGUUGUCUCCCUCUCUCUCAGCCCUUCCCCCCCUCAUGCUAUGUCUCUCUGUCUCAAAAUGAAUAAACAUUAAAAAAAAAAAAAAAAAAAAAAAGAAACCACUUCAUACCCACUAGGAUGUCAACAGCUAUAGUCAAAAAGAGGUAAGUGUUGGCAAGGAUGUACAGAAAAGUGGAAACAUACCUUGCUGGUGGGAAUGUAAAAUAAUGCAACUGUUUUGGAAAACUGUGGCAGUUCCUCAAAAGGUUAAAUGGAGUUACUAUACAACCCACCAGUUCCACUCCUUGUUAUAUACCCAAGAGAAACAAAAACAUGUCUGUACAAAAACUUGAACAUGAAUGUUCAUGACAAUAUUAUUCAUAAUAGUCAAAAGGUGGAAACAACCCAAAUGUCCAUCAACUGAUGAAUGGGUAAAUAAAAUUGGUAUAUCCAUACAAUGGAAUAUUUUUUGGCAAUUAAAAGGAAUGAAAUACUGACACAUGCUACAUGGAUGAACCCUAAAAACACUGUAUGCUAAGUGAAAGAAGGCAGUCACAGAGGACCACAUAUUGUAUGAUUCUGUUCACAUGAGAUGUUCAGAAUAGGCAAACCCAUAGAGGCAGAAGUAAAUUGGUGGUUUCCUAGGACUGAGGGAAUUGGGGGGAAAUGGGCAAUGACUAAUGGGUAAAAGGUUUCUUUCUGGGGUGACUAAAAUGUAAAAUUGAUUGUUAUGAUGGCAACACAAAUCUGUGAAUACAUAUACUAAAAGCCAUUAUACACUUUAAAUUGGUGACUUGUAUGACAUGUAAAUCAUGUCAAUAAAGCUGUUUAAAACAAAACAAAAAACCUGAAGAACUGUGCCAGACACAAGGGUACCAACCUGCCCUCAAAGAAUUUAAUACUGUGGCAGAGCCAUAAACAUGUUUAUAUUAAAAAGUUAUGUGCUAAGGUACAGACGUGUAUGAAGAGUUAUGUGAGCACAAAGUAGGGCAUCUGAACCCGACUGGAGAAUCUGGAGAUGUUUCCAUUUGGUGGAAAAUGAUGCCUGAGCUGAAUCUUGAAGGAAAACAAAAGUUAGCCAGGUGAAGUCAAGUGGAACAAAUACCAGCAAAGACAGGUUUGUGUUGAACAAAGGAACUGGGAGAAGUACUAGGAGUAAUCUGAUGUUUCUAAUACGGCAAAGUACGAGGAGAGUGCCGAGCCCAUCGCAAAGAAGCUUGGAUAAUAACAAUAAUAAAUUCCUAAGUGAACUAUUAGUUACACCUUUAAAAAAAAAAAAAAAAAAAAAAGGUCGCCCCGCUUCGCCCCAGCUCUGCACAGGUACGACAAACAAGCGAGUACCGCGAGGCGGAACGGAUUUUGCGGGCGAUGGGGGCACGUUUCCGGAACGGACCGGGGAAAGGAAGUGUGUUACUUUAUGGAGGGCACCCACUCCCGGCUUCCGCGGGGAUGGUGCAGGGUGCUUCGUGUCACUGCUUCCCCGGCCUGGCCUGGAGCACUUGGGUCUCCGGUGAAGGGCGGAGGUAGCCGCAGGCUCGGGACCUGCUUGUUUCUCUGGCGGACACCACGGGCUGACCGUGGUCGCUGCUCUUUGGCUGCUCUUGCUGACCUUGGCCCAGGGUCGGAGCCGAUGGCGUCUUGGGCCGCUGUCAGCCUAAGCAGAGUUCCUGCCCGGUGCUUGUGGGCGCAAGGCCCCGGUGUCCGGGCGGCUCUUCCGUCCACCCUCGCGGCCUCCCAGCCUGAGCCCACGGGCUGCAACCCCGCUCCGGGCAGGACGCUGCACCUCAGCGCGGCGGUCCCCGCAGGGCACAACAAGUGGUCCAAAGUCCGGCAUAUCAAGGGUCCCAAGGACGCCGAAAGGAGUCGCAUCUUCUCCAAACUCUGUUUGAGCAUCCGCCUGGCGGUUAAAGAAGGAGGCCCCAACCCUGAACUCAACAGCAGUCUGGCCAACAUCUUAGAGGUGUGUCGCAGCAAGCACAUGCCCAAGUCAACGAUUGAGGCAUCACUGAAAAUGGGGAAAACCAAGGGUGUUUAUUUGCUGUAUGAGGGCCGAGGCCCUGGUGGCUCUUCCCUGCUCAUUGAGGCAUUAUCCAACAGUGGCUCCAAGUGCCAUUCAGACAUCAGACAUAUCCUGAACAAGAACGGGGGAAUGAUGGCUGAUGGAGCUCGCCACUCCUUUGACAAAAAGGGGGUGAUCGUGGUUGGAGUGGAGGACCGAGAGAAGAAAGCUGUGAACCUAGAGCGUGCCCUGGAGAUGGCAAUUGAAGCAGGAGCUGAAGAUGUCAAGGAAACUGAAGACGAAGAGGAAAAGAACAUUUUUAAAUUUAUUUGUGAUGCCUCUUCACUGCAUCAAGUGAGGAAGAAGCUGGACUCGCUGGGCUUGUGUUCUGUGUCCUGUUCGCUAGAAUUCAUCCCCAACACAAAGGUGCGGCUCGCUGACCCCGACCUGGAGCAGGCUGCCCUUCUCAUCCAGGCUCUUGGCAACCACGAGGAUGUGAUCCAGGUCUAUGACAACAUUGAGUAACCAGGCUGUAUGUGCCCAUGAGGUCCUUCCUAGGCAACUGGCAGCCCUUUCUGGAGCACAGGCUUUUGCAGCGUACUCUGAGACUGAAGCAGAUUGGAGACCUAGCAGCUUAGGAGACACAAAACCAAGACCUGCAGCCCUUUGAGGCCAAGGGAAUCACUACAUCUCUGUGGGGCCUCUUUGUCAGUUCUGCUGAUGUCUCAUAGCCCUCCUGGAUGCAGGGUGGAAACAGCCAGCUAAUCAGACUCUGAUCUCAGGGAAGGAUAGGUGCCCUGAGGACCCAUGUACUAUAAACUACUUUCUUUUUUUUUUAAGAGAGAGAGGGAGAAUGCCUGAGCAAGGUAGAGGGGCAGAGGGAGAGAGAAUCUCAAGCAGGCUCCACGCUCAGCAUGGAGCCUAACACAGGGCUCAGUCCCACAAAUGACCUGAGCCAAAAUCAAGAGCCAGAUAAUCAACUGAGCCACCCAGGCACCUCGGAAACUACUCUUAAAUAAGGUGAUUGAAAAAAAUAAAUAAAUAAGGUGAUUGAUGUGGGUUGCUGCACUGCUAUUGUGUGGGUCUUCUGUUUUCCUGGGUUUUCGUCCAGCUGUUGGAACCCUCUUGACUUCCUUUGACAUCUAUGGGUUUAGUUCCACUACUCCAGAACUUUUUUUUUUUUAAUUGACCAAAGAAAUGUAGCUCUCUUUGGGUACUACUCUGUGCUCUAAUGCUGGUUUAAUGGCCUAAACCUGUCACUGAUCCUGCAAAUAGUAUUUGUCAAACACCUGUGUACCAAGACCUGUACUUACCAGGAGUACAGGCUAUUUAUUUGGUGCCCUGAGUUAGAUCCUGCCCUAAGGCAUAAGACCUCAGAGGUCAGACACAGGACUUCUGUCUGCUGGAGCUAUCCUAGGGCAGUGUGAGCUGCUGUGCCUGCAUCCUUGUUCUCUUCAGGUGGCCUCUGUGCCCUGCUUCUGCCAGAGAGCUUAAGGUUCUAACCCAGUAGGAAACCCAAGUGCCAAUAAUAAGGGACUCCCAGGCCCUGCUUUGCCCAGCCUUCCAUGUGUUCUGAGAUUGGUCAGAGUGGACCUGUGAGCAGAUUGGACCGCUCUCAGGAAAGGCUAUGCCAUGCUGGUUUUGAAACUUGCUUGAUCCCCAGAACACCCACCCUGGCUCCUUUUCAUCCCUGCUGCUAAAUGAUGGGGCACUGGGAACUGGAGACGAAAUGAGAAUAGAAGGAAGGGUGAAGGACUGAGUCAGAGCCUGACAGCUGGGGAAUAGGACCCUUUGUACAUUAUGCUCUUCAGAGUCACUUUUGGGUUUAGAGAGACCAAGAGUGCCAAGCACCUGUGCUGGAGCCCAUCAAGCAUGUCAGGCCUGGAGUAGCUUUUUGAUCCCUAUUAUUCACCUACUCAAGUUUUUUAAGCCAGUUCUGAACUCAGUAAUUUUUCUGAAGCAGCCUCAGGUAAAUGAGGAAAAGAAGAAAAACCAAUUUGGCUAUAAAUAAUAACUUCCUCCUUCUAGGAAAGGAUUCCUAAUUCCAUCAUGACUUCAGCAGUUGGAGAGCAAGGGCAAGGGGGAGGAAAACCAAUGAAUAAACCAUGAAAAUGCCAAAGCAUAUGCUCUUAUACCUCAUUUCAUAAUCAUGAUACUACCUGGAAUUUUGUUUGUAUAGGAGAUAACUCAUCCAAAUAUCUGCUGAACACAUCAUUAAAAUAGUGUAACUUAAAGUUGAAGUGCUGCUUUGUAAUUUAUAAGAUGAUUCUUUCAUAUGUUAUUUAUUUGAUUUUCACAGCAAACCUAUAAAAUAAUGAGGCCAAGUAUUUUAUGCACAAAUGGUCUCAUACCAAGCAGGUGAGAAUAGGUCUAAUACUACAUUUUCUAUUGAUAGACCUUGGUUUGUAAAAUAGCUCUGUUUUGUAAACUUUGAAUAUAAUUAUAAUUUGGAGGAAUGUGAUAAUUUCUGAUAUGAGACAUCUGCACCAGGAAAGCCAUCUCUGGACGGGAACUUGGCUACUCAUGUGAACAUUCCUCUAAUCUAAUAGGUAGGAUUUGUUAAUAAUUUUUGUGUAACCAAUUUCUUCCAGCAAGGCAUACUAGAUGGCUCUGCACUGACCCCUGGUGGUGCCCCACAGUCUUUCCUGAGGUUAAUAUGGAAGAGGCAGAAAUGAAACCUUAUUUGGACCUGUUCUGCUUCUAAGUCUGCUAGAGCCCUUUAGCUACAUAGGUUAAGUAGUUAAAUAACUAUUUAACUGAAUAGUUAAUUAGAGAGGGUAGGAGUUAUUCUUCUACUAAAACUUAUUUUUCAAAGAAUAUUUUAGGUCAGAAAAUGUUUACAAUAUAAUGUCAAGUGGAAAAUAAAGAUGUGAAAAACUGUAUAGUAUGGUCCAAAUUUUAAAAUCUAGUCAUAUCUAUGUAUGAACUUAAAAAAAAAAAAACAGAAGGAAAUGUAUCAAAAUCUCAAAACUGGUUAUCUCUGGUGAUGUUAUCACUGAGUUUUAUUUUCUAUAAUCAUAUAUUUUACCAGGGGAAACAUUUUUUCAAAAGAAAACUCGUCACAUUAUUGUCCAACUAGGGAGACCACAUGUGAGAGGCCAGGAGUCAGGCAUACCUUAAAGUCAGAAGAAUGAGGUCUGGUCCUGGCUUGCCUUUACCUUGUCUUUGGUCAUUGUCUUAGCAACACAAAAUCAUUCAAUACCUCGCAGCUGGCUUGGGCUCACUUUCAAGUGACCUUUUAGUGGGAUGGGAGUAUUGGUGGCCAGUUCUGUCCAUAGCCUUGACUCUUAAAAGAAGUGUUCAUGUGCUUUGCAGCUGCCUUCACUCUGCCAGAGGCCCCAGCUGAAUCAAAUAGGAACCAUGAGGGCUUUGCCUCCAGCCAACAAUAGAAAAACCAUGAGUUACUGAGUUAUUUUUUUGUCUUUUUUUUAUUCUCUGAA